AUGACCAACUAUGUGAAGUUUUUGAAGGAUAUUUUAACCAAGAAGAGGAGACUUGGAGAAUUUGAAACGGUGGCUUUGACUGAAGGUUGUAGUGCUAUAUUAAAGAAUAAAAUUCCUCCUAAAUUGAAAGAUCUGGGUAGUUUUACAAUUCCUUGUUCUAUUGGUGGUAGAGAUGUUGGUAGGGCACUUUGUGACAUGGGGGUUAGUAUUAAUUUGAUGCCCAUGUCGAUUUUCAAGAAGUUGGGAAUUAAAGAAGCAAGGCCAACCACUGUCACUUUGCAAUUAGCAGAUCGAUCUAUGGCACACCCAGAAGGCAAGAUUGAAGAUGUACUUGUGCAAGUUGAUAAACUCAUUUUUCUGGCGGAUUUCAUUAUUCUUGAUUAUGAAGUGGAUAGAUAUGUUACAAUAAUUUUGGGAAGACCAUUUCUUGCCACCGGAAGGACUUUGAAUGACGUUAAAAAUGGAGAGCUUACUAUGAGAGUGAAUGACCAACAAGUGACCUUUAAUGUGUUCAAUUCUAUGAAGUUUCCGGAUGAGAUUGAGGAAGGCUCUUCUUUGAGUGUGAUUGAUACUAUUGUGGCUGAAAAAUUGCUAGAAGAAACUUGUAAAGAUGGAUUGGGAGUGAUUUCACUUGAAGAGCUAAAAGAAAUGAGUGAAGAGCAAGAAACCCAAGUUACAUGGGUAGAAUCCAAGCAGCCUUUUACUAAAGUUGGAAGGAAUUUUGAGUCCUUAGAGUUAUUGGAAAGAAAUUUCAAGCCUUCCAAGCCAUCUAUUCAAGAGCCACCAAAGUUGGAAUUGAAGCCUUUGCCAAGUCAUUUGAAGUAUGCUUAUUUGGGUUGUGAAGAGACUUUACUGGUGAUUAUUUCUACAUUGUUGGGGGUUGAAAAAGAGAAUAUGUUGCUUGAUGUGUUGAAGAAAUACAAGAAGGCUAUUGGUUGGACUAUGGCUGAUAUAAAGGGUAUAAGUCCAUCACUUUGUAUGCAUAAGAUUUUGCUGGAGGAUACCUGUAGCAAUUAUGUUGAACAAAAAUGA